AUGCAAAAUCGCGAGCUACCAUCGAUAACUGCAGCCCCAGCGGGCGAUUUUUACACCCCUGAAAUUUAUUGGUCGCAAACAGAAAGCACCAUUAGAAUAAGCAUAAGACUGACGGACGUUGAAGAUUACAAACUGACAUUGACCAAAGGACGAAUCCUCAAUUUCAGAACCGACAAAGACGAAAAAACGUACAGCCUGAAACUCAUGUUCUACGACACCGUGCAAUCCAUGCAGCACACCUCUCCUGGCCCAGACAUCAGAAUCACCCUGGUCAAAACGAAGCCGAUCGACUGGCCGCGGCUGAUCCUGGCCAAACAGCGCGCCAGGAACAUCCACUACGACCUGGCCAACAUGGCCGUGGCUGAUGACGAACCGAAGAGGUUCCUGCAGUUGCCUAAAGAGUUGCAGGAUGUAGAUUCCGAUGGAGAUGACGGGGAGGGCCCCAUGUACCACGUGACGUCCGAUUUGGAUAGCGAUUUCGAUGUGGAUUUGCCGCACGAUUCCGACUGA